GGACGGUUUGGCACCGUCGCAAAAGAACCCUCUCUUCGGUCUACUUGGCACUGAUUUUGAUGAUGUGAAAUUCAUACAUGGGAUGCCUAACCCGGAGACUGAUUCAUAAUGAGUUGUAAGUCAAGAUAUAUAAACCCGGGAAGUUGCUUCAGAUCGUGGCAUAUACAUACUCAACCAGAACAGCGAAUACACUCAUCGGACACGAAAGAAAUCAUCUGUUUCGUUCUUACCCUCCAAUAUGAGGCUCUCCCUUAGUAUCUACGCCUUGUUGGCAACAUUUUCAUCCUGCUCUUCAGCAGCUGACGCAAACACAACCAGCGACAUCCCUACCCUGGAGCUGGGCACAGACUCCGCCUUCAACUUUCAAUAUCUCAUUGCUCUCGGUGAUGCCCCAACUGGAGGAUCGGAUAUCGCCCCUGUCCUCGGUGCGGCCAAAAACAUCAAAGCCGGGGACAUGAACUCGUUCAGUCAGCAGUUUUACCAACUCGCCAAUUAUACCAAGGCAAUGGCGCAAGACCCAGAAAACGCAUACGACCCAAUCAACGUCAGAGAUAUGUGGUUCUCUGCUGCCCAGUAUUUCCGUCGUGCGGAUAUGUUCUUACAUGGCAACUGGAGCAACCCACUGAUAAACACCCUGUGGGCGGAACAGACUGCAGCCUUCGAUAAGGCCAUGGCUGCUCUACCUGUACCUGGCCAGCGGGUUCGCAUUCCCGCCAAGAAAGGCAACUUCACGAUCGAAGCCAUCUGGUACAGUGUAACGGGCAGCAACAGCGAGCAACGGCCUACCUUGAUUAUCGGAAACGGAUUCGAUGCAGCCCAAGAAGACUCAUACCAUUACUUCGUUGCUGCCGGCCUGGCGCGAGGGUGGAACUGCAUUACUUAUGAAGGACCAGGCCAACCGACCGUGCUUCGUGAGGAGAACCUAGGCUUUAUCCCGGAUUGGGAAAACGUUGUGAUUCCCGUUGUGGACUACGUGCUCUCUGAAAAGUCCCAGGUUGUGGACCAGCGCCGCCUGGUGCUUGUCGGAAAUUCCUUCGGUGGUUAUUUGGCUGCCCGCGCGGCAGCAUUCGAGCCUCGACUGUCCGCUGCCGUCCUAAUCGAUGGUGUUUGGGAUGUUUAUGCCGGGUACUCGGCAGAGUUACCAUCCGACCUCUUGAGUAUGUACGAGGCAGGAAACUAUAGCGAGUUCGACGAAGAGCUUCUCUCGCUGCGCCAAGCCGGCAAGCUCGACACCAAUACGGCUUGGGGUCUCGACCAGGGCUUGUGGGUGUUUCGCACGCACUCGCCUUCGGAAUUUUUCAAUCAGGCCAAGCAGUACCGACUAGCAGAUGUUGCUGACAGAAUCAAUAUGCCAGUAUUUGUCGGUGACGCUGAAUUCGAAAAUAUCUUCCCCGGACAGGCGCAACAGGUCGCCGAGGCAAUAGGUGAUAACGCAACUCGGCACCGGUUUAAUGGGACUGCAGGAUAUCAUUGUCAAACCGGGGCGACACAGGAAAUGACGACAGCAAUGUUUGCCUGGCUGAAUAAGACGCUGGGGGCGGUGAAUGUCACGGUCUAGCCGAUGUGCCUAGUGAGAGUGACGCAAAGGCACGGAUUGAGGGGGAUUGGUUGAAAGGACACGGUUGUAAAAGGUUUGGUCUGGCUCGGAGAAACAAACAGAGUCGCAUUAUAAUUAGGAAAAAAGAGUGAGGACUUCAUUCUACAAGACCUUUUUGUAUAUUUGCCUUUAAUGACAAGCGACAUUCUAUGUACAUGACGUGCUUCUUUGGGGCGAAAGACUCCUACCAGGUAGGGCCGCUUAUCAG